CUCAAGACAAACACAAACACUAUCUGAAAAAUGUCACAUAUUCUCAAGGAAACUGCUGCCGCAAAAUAUUCAAAAUUUGAAGUAAAUUUCAUUAGGAAAAGUGUUGUAAAAGCUCUCAAUCCCUCACCAAAGCCAUUUUCAGUAAUAACUCUUUCAAAUCUCGAUCUACUUUCGGGUCGAUUUCCUGUUACAUACUUAUAUUUCUACAACAAACCAAAACUAGGUAGCUUCGAAUCUUUUAUCGACACUCUUAAAACCUCUCUAGCACAAACACUCAUUCAUUACUAUCCCUUUUGUGGCCAAAUUGUUCAAAAUCACAAAACCAAUGAACCCGAAAUCAUUUGUGAUAACAAUGGUUCAUUACUCAUUGAAGCUAAAGUAAAUAUUCCACUAAAGAAUCUAGAUUUUUAUAACCUCAAUGAAACUCUUACAGAAAAAAUAGUCUCGGUUGAACCAGAUUUCCUUUUGCAAAUUCAGGUAACAGAAUUCACUUGUGGUGGAAUUUCAAUAGCAUUUACUUUUGAUCAUGCAUUAGGUGAUGCAACUUCUUUUGGUAAAUUCAUUUCAUCAUGGUGUGAAAUAGCACAAAGUAAACCAUUAUCAUGCAUACCGAAUCAUACCAGAAACCUUCGUGCGCGUUCGCCUCCAAAAUAUCAACCUAAUCUGGAUCAAAUUUUCAUCAAAUGCACCAUGGAAGAGAUUCAAAACAUGUCAAUGAAUAAUAAAAUUUCGCUUAAACGUCUUUAUCAUAUCAGCGCGUCGAGUAUUAGUACCCUACAGAGACUUUGUUCGGUUAAUGGAAUUAAGAGAACAAAGAUUGAGGCCUUCUCGGCCUAUGUAUGGAAGAUAAUGAUAAACACAAUUGAUCAAAAACUUCAUAAGAAAUGCAAGAUGGGUUGGUUAGUAGAUGGAAGAGAUAGAUUGAGUGGAAGCAAAAACAUUAAGAAUAUUUCAAUGUCGAAUUACAUUGGUAAUGUUUUGUCUUUGGCUUUUGGUGAAGCAAGAAUUCAAGAACUGAAGGAAAAUUCAUUAUCAUACAUUGGUGAGAUAGUUCAUGAUGCAAUUUCAAAGGUUAGUAAUGAAGAACAUUUUUUGGAUUUGAUUGAUUGGAUUGAGUUUCAUAGGCCGGGUUUGAUGCUUGCGAAGGCGGUGUUAGGACAAGAUGAUGGACCUGUGUUGGUGGUUUCUUCGGGACAAAGGUUUCCUGUUGCUGAAGUUGAUUUUGGAUUUGGGAGUCCUUUGUUAGGGACAGUGUAUACUUGUAUUGAAAGGGUUGGUGUUGGUUAUAUGAAUCAAAGGCAAAGUGGUAAAGGUGAUGGUUCUUGGACUGUUUCUGCUAUCUUGUGGCCUGAGUUUGUGGAUGCUUUGAAGGAUGAUCCAAUUUUUCAGCCCAUGAAUGCUUCUCAUCUUCAACUUUAGUAUAGUGUAUAUUAAGUAUGAUUACCGAACACUAGACACACAUGCGUAGAUAAUAUAAAUAAUUUAAGAAAAUAAAAAGUGAUAAAUAUAAUCACAUGUGGUAGUAUCGUAUAAAUAUCAGAUAAAAUACCUAUAUCAUUCAUUCGAAGCAUAAUUAAGAUGAAUAUGUGAAUACUUAAAAUUGUAUUUAUGUUUAUUUCGAUGGAGAUAUAUGAACGUAUGAAUACUUCAAAUUGUAUUUA